UUGGCGCUGCGCACUCCCGGGCUAAAGACGCUGAUUAGUGAUUAUUGGAGAGAGGAGACGGAUACCGGUUCUCUAUGAACGUUGAAGUUGAAAAGAAGUCGCAAAUGUGAAAAUGGAGUCCAGCGGCGAACCUUCGUUCGCCUCCGUGCCGGACUGGGACCAACCCAUCACCCAAGUAGAGCUGGACGCAAUCGAAGCGGCAUUCACGGAUGCUGCUAAUUCGUCUUCUAUCAAGCGGAGAAGAUCUUCCUCUCCCGAUGUCGUCGAAGUUCGCUACAACGGCCGGCGCUUGCCCAGUUCACUGGGUCGAUGCCAGCAAAUCCCUUCUCUCGAUCGCUCCGAAGUGGAAAAUUGUUCGAUUACCGAUGUAGAUUCAUUUGUUCCCAGAAUUGGGCAGUGGAACCCUGUUUGUUCUCCUUACCAAGCACAGGCAAAAGCGAGAUACCCCACAAUGAACUUUGGAGGUCGUAUUGCUUACAGCAGGACUGUUCUCAAGGUGGAAAAAGCCACAAUGGAGCUUUUGGAGUUCAUUGAAACUAAGAAAAAAAAUAUGGACCAAGUUCCUCUUGGAUUUGACAUUGAGUGGAGGCCCAUCUUCAGAAGAGGACAUGCUCAACGUAAGGCAGCGGUUAUUCAGAUAUGUGGGGAUAGUAGUAAUUGUUAUGUAAUGCACAUCAUUCAUUCUGGAAUCCCUCCCAUUUUGCAGACCCUUCUGGAGGAUUCAACAUCUUUGAAGGUUGGAAUUUGUAUAGCCAAUGAUGCCAACAAGAUCUUUAACGAUUAUAAUGUACGUGUUAAACCUCUGGAGGAUUUGUCCAGUCUUGCAAAUUUGAAGGUUGGUGGUCUUUCUAGGUGGAGUCUUUCUUCUCUAACUGAAAUGCUUACUUGCAAACAGCUUGAGAAGCCUGGCAAAAUUAGACUAGGAAACUGGGAAGCUGAUGUCCUAUCAAGGGAGCAACUCCAAUAUGCAGCAACAGAUGCUUUUGUUUCGUGGUACUUAUAUCAGGUGCUGCUGAACUUCCCAGAUGCAACUGAAAGUUGAAAUGGCUAGGUGAUGGUGUCAUCAUGAGUGUCAUUAUUAUGUUAUUGUCAUCAUUAUCUCCAUUAUUGGGGCCUUAAUGCAGCUAUGACGUCCGUGUU